AAUAUCCCACGUGUCCUUCCCUCCUUUCUUUCACCAGCACAUUGCUGCCAUACCCAGAACCUCUUAGUUGAGUAAGUGUAUCGGUCUGUGCUUGUGGUUACACCCACGGAUAAACUAUUGAGCACUCAACAGGAGUUGGUAGGCUACAAGGCGCAAAACUGUGGCGCCUUGUAUGAUAUUGUUGUUUGUUUUCGCCAUUUUUCCAAAAACCCCUGAAGUCACGGACCCAGGUCUGCUUAUGGACGACUUUUUCAUCCUCAUUGGUUUGUCCACACCCCUUCGGAGAUAAGGACGGGAGCAAGCCUUCAGCUUUGCUUGCAGGAGAGGGAGAAAGUGACAAUCGAGAAAUUGGAGGCCAAAUGACAAGGGAGCGUCACAGCAUCGCGUGAAGAAGUCUCUUUGAAUUUAUUUAUAUAAUUUGCCUAUUUCUGAUGAAGGAACUCGCGGAAUUAGUUUCCUUUUUAUUGAUUUGACAUUUUCAUUUGAAAUUCGGAUUCCACGAUUUGGAGUGACUGACAAGGCUACCUACCCUGGCGGCAGACAUGGAGUCCCUCCAGAGCUGUCUCCACCAUGUCCCUUUCCGUGCGCCCAUCGCGCCGAGUCAUCUCUAGAUCCGUCACUAGGAGCCAGUCCUUUGCCGGGGUCAACUCCUACGAUAAGCCCUACAGGAACCUGUCAGUGUUCAGCACCCCGAGGGUCACCAGGAAGCCCUCCAGAGCCAGUAGGAUGUUCACCCUCUCUGCCAAAUCCCCACCGCCCAAGGUGCCCCAGCCAGAGAGGCUGGAUGAGGUCUACGAGGCUCUGAAGAGAGGCCUGCAGUCUUACCUGCAGGUGCACCAGAUAGAGCUGGACAGCCUGAGCCGACAAAUGAGGGAAUCCAAGAGGAACUCUCGUCUGGGGUUUCUCUAUGAGCUGGAUAAGCAAGUGAAGGUGGUUGAGAGGUUUAUGCGACGGCUUGAGUUCCAUCUCAGCAAGAUUGACGAGCUGUAUGAGGCCUACUGUAUGCAGCACCGGCUGAGGGAUGGGGCCAAUAAGAUGGUGAAGGCCUACACAGUCUCCCAGGGCAGCCGCGAGGCCAGAGAGAGCCUGUCUGAGGCCAACAAAGGCUACAAAGAGUACACAGAGAACAUGUGCAUGCUGGAGAGCGAGCUGGAAAACCAGCUGGGGGAGUUCCAUGUUAAGAUGAAGGGUACAUUCAUGUCAGUGUAUCCAUCCUUUUCGUCUGUUGUGACUCCAGACCCCAGUGUAUCUUCGCUUCCUGUUGGUCUAUUCCAAUCAAACGGUUGCAUUGUAAGAGUGUUUGUUUGCUUGUAUGUGGUCAUGAAACGUUUUUUGUUUGUUGCAGGUCUAGCAGGGUUUGCACGGCUUUGUGCUGGGGACACGUAUGAGAUCUUUAUGAAAUAUGGGCGGCAGCGCUGGAAGCUGAGGGGAAGGAUGGAGAUCAAUGGCAAGCAGGUGUGGGACAGCGAGGACAUGGUCUUUCUGCCUCUCAUCACAGAGUUCCUAUCAAUAAAGGUGACAGAGCUGAAGAGCCUGGCCAAUCAUGUGGUGGUGGGGAAUGUGUCAUGUGAGACCAAAGACCUCUUUGCUGCUCUACCCCGGACGGUGGCCGUGGACAUCAAUGACCUGGGAACCAUCAAACUGAGCCUGGAGGUCACCUGGAACCCUUUCGACAAGGAUGACCAAGCCUCGGCCGCCAGCACUGUUAACAAACCCCCCACGGUGAACAAACGCUUCUCCACCUACAACCAGAGUCCUCCUGAUACCCCCUCCUUACGGGAACAGGCCUUCUAUACGGCUCCGAGGAGCCUGUCAAGGAGCAUGAUGUCCCCCAAACACCGCUGGUCCCUGCUGGAUGUGUUCCGUGACACUCUGGCUGAGAGACUGUCUCAGAGCUGCUCCUGCAGUGAUGUCUCCUCAGUCCACCUGGGCUCUGCUAACAUGCAGACUGACAACAUGCUGAGGAGGCAGGAGGAGAUGGAGAAUGGCACUGCCUGGUCUAACUCUUCAGAGUCGUCAGAUGACUCGUCCAGCCCCCAGCUGUCCCUGGGGCUGCGUCACGCCAACAAGAAUCUGGUCCAGCUAGAGGUUCAGGCCGCCGCGCCCUCCAUUGAGAUCUCCUUUGCUCCCAGAGACUCUGCCACCUCCACCCCUACCCGCUCAGCCAAACCAGAGGAUGUGCAGAAGGAGGAGCCAAACACUGGAGCAGCAGGGAAAGAGGAGGAUUCUGGGAAACAGGCUGUGCCUAACGGCCAAACACGUUAUUCACGCUCCCUCAGCCAUAUCAGUGAGAACAGUGCCGAUGGCGUACUGAUGGACAGGUCAACUUGCGAAUCAGUGGAGCCCUCUGAGGCCACCUCCCUGCAGUCUGGGAUCUCUAUAAACGAUAUUGAGAUGGAGAUGCCUGCCAGGGCGGAGUCAGCCUCUGUCCCAGCUGAGACUGUGGUGGUCGGGGAACCAUCUGAGCCACUCGCCCCAGCUACUGUCACCGGGGAGGAGAGCAGGCCGGAGAGCAGGUAUUCUGCAGGGUCUAUAGAGUCAGACACGGGGUUAGAGGUUGUUUCAGGGGCUGUUUCAGAGGUAGAUCCAGAACUCCAGAGCUCUGCACCCACUAGGACUGAUGCCGUGUCUCAGCAAGGUGCCUCUCUGGAUCUCAGGGCAGACUCACAAGCACAGACCCAGAGCACAGAGGAAAUAUCAUACACUGCCCACAGGGCGGUGGUGGUGGAGGCCGAGAAGCCUGUGCCUGUAGUAGUGGCCAGCCCCACAGAGGGUGAGAAUCAGCAGGCUGUGGACAGUGAAGUUGAGGAAGCCCUGAGUGCAGUCAUCACUUCUCUGGAUGACUACAGGGGACAGUUUCCUGAGUUACAGGUCCUGGAGCAGGAGCUCAGACUACUGGAGGAGACAUUAACGGGCCGUACAUGCAGUUGUUUGUCCAGUGUCCAGAGUCUGGCGGUGGAGACGGCUCUCGGCAGCUUUGACUUCCUCAAUACCUCAGACCUGGAGGAUGAAGAGGAGGAUGGGGAGAAAGGGAGUGUGACAGACAGGCCACCAGAGGAGAGUGCAGGGGAGGAUGAGUGCUGUGAGGAGAGAUGCUGGGAGUCCCACUCCUCUGGACCUGUGAGCACAGGCUGCCAGGCUCUAGAUCAUACACUACUGGUCCAUCUGAAAAACUGCAGUGCACAACUUCUGAGGCUGGGGACCUUUGGGCCUCUGCGCUGUGGGGAGAUGUAUGCUCUGGACCGCCUGCUCAGGGAGGCCCGCGUCCUCGAGCUCAUCAGACGUGUUGCCAAGGAGACCCCUGGAGCAGCCACUCAGCCAGAUGAGGUGGUUCCCCAGUUAGAACAGUGCCAAGGGGCAACAUUGCUAUGGCAGCAGUGUACAGAUGAUGGCAGUGUGUACAGCACCUCCACAGACGCUUUCCUCACAACACUGGCCACUGCUUACACCAACAGACUGCCCGAGAGAGGAGUUAGCCUGGCAGACACAGUGUUCUUGCGUCUGGUGGAGAGGAUUCUGGAGAGGAGGCUGCCCACGCGUGGGGGCGGGGUGGCCAGAGACAUGCUGACCCUCUUCCAGUUCUGGAGCUACCUAGAGGCCGAGGGAGUGAGCGAGUUGGACACACACAUCAUUGAAUUAGCGGAGGAGGUGUGGCUGGUUCAGAGCCUGCAAUCAGGGGACCAGGAGGUACUGGUGAAGGCCCUGAAGAGGCCUCCAGAGAGCAGUCUGAAGAGGGAGGGCCUGCAUGCUGUCAGCCUACUGCUCAGGGACCCGCGUGGGAAGGUGUCUGCCUCUGCCAGCUCCCUGCUCCGGAGCCUCGCCGACCAGCCACGCCAUCGAGAGAGGGCCCUAGUAAGCUGUCUGGAGCUUCUGGAGAAUGAGAGUGUGGAGACGCGAGUGUGUGGCUGUAAAGCACUUGCAUGUCUAAAGGCCAAAGAGAGCAUCGACCAGCUGGUCUAUCUCUGUCGAUCAGACAAGGAGGAUGUGAGGGACGCUGCCAAACAAGCGCUGCUGGUGCUUGGCGAGGAGGGGAAGUUGGCCCACAGACACGUUGAGAUAUCACUGCAGGAGGGAGUGCCACGCCUCUUCUCCCCUGGCAGCAUGGCCAGCACCGCCUUCUAAUGCCACUAGAACGGAAUACUGAUACCGUCAUGCACAUGUCAACACACUGUUACAGCCAUUAUGCCAUACACACAUUAAAAUAUACACUGUCAAACAGGGUGGAAUAUACACAGAUGCAAAGAGGAUGCUGACUUUUGCACAUUCACUAUCACUGGGAUGACAUCUACAGCUUGAGACGAAGUCAGUGAACUAAGCUCUCAUAUUACCAACCUGUGUGUAAAUAAGUGAUAACUACUCAUGAAAACUGUGGAAUUGUAGAAGCGAUGAAGAGUGGUAGAAGUAUUUUACUGCCUUACAGUAUGUUUUGGUCUGGUGGUGUUGCCUUCUGAGUCAUGUAAUUAUAGCUGGGAUGAUGAAUGGAUGGAAGGACACUGCAAUCAUUGUGUCAGAUCAUGGCAUGGAUAGAACAAAGUGGAAAAGUGACAUGAUUACUUUUCUGGGGAAAUGCACUUAUUAUUUGCUUAAUUUGUGAUGAAGCAGGUUGGCGUUGGUCUGUGUGGAGAAUGACUUUGAGUGUUUGGUAGGAGUACUGAAGUAAGUCAUGGGGAUGGAAGGGAUUGGGUUGUUCCUCAGGAAAUGAUGGUGGUGAAACAGUUCCAAAUUCUAGGACCACAGUCUGAUGAGGAGCUUGUUGCCAUGCCGGUCGGGAAAGGAAGUCUGAAGAAAAUUAUUACAGUGCCAUCAUUCCAUACUAUCAUUAUAUGCUUUGUGGAAAUAUAUAUUCCCACUGGAAGUGUAUAUGUUAUAUAAUUGUAGUGUAAUUCGGUUGGCAUUGUUGAGACAAUUGGAGUAAAAUCAUAUUUGGUUUGAGUGCUGAUGCCUCAAGUCACCAUGCACUUCCUGAGACUCAUGCCACUGGGGAUAUAACUGAAGAUUAUUUCUGCUGUAUUGGUGGUGGAGUUAUUUUCUUACUUUUUUUAUUGAAAACUUAAAACUGUGCUGGACUGGACUUUUGCCUUUGGAGCAGACAACUUCUCACUUAAAUAGACAACCACACUGCUAGGACUGGCCACCUGCUGGCCAUUAUAGUGUAGAAUCAGGGUGUGAUGAGAACCUGCAUUCACUGUAUAUUAUUUACUUAGCAGAUUCAUCAGUUUUAUUAUAUAGGACUUCAAAAUAACAAUAUACACUGAAGGAGCUUUUUAAGUUGUCUAAGUGCCUCAAGUUAGUGGUGAGAUGAGACUAAGAAUGAAGAAAUACAGUGCUAAUAGAAACACUGCAGCAAAGUAUAUUUUCCAUAUGACUCAAAUUGUGCAGCAUUAAAAUAAAUGAUUUUCUUUCCAUAAGUAUAGUCUGGCAGAUAUCUUGCCUGGCAAUAAAUGUAAACGAAUUAUUAAUAAAAAUGUGUUCAAAAAUAAAGUUUCCUUUUGCUGUAAGAGAA